UGCUUUAGGAAUCUUGCAGAAGAUCGAAGUGGGAUAAAUCUCAAAGAUCUGGUUCAAGAUCCUUCUUUGUUGGGUGGGACUAUAUCGGCAUACAAGAUAGUACCAGAUGAAAUAGAAGAAAUCAAGGAAACCCUUAUAGAUUGGUGUGAUGAAAAGGAACUUAAUUUGAUAUUAACAACUGGAGGAACAGGAUUUGCACCACGAGAUGUCACUCCAGAGAAAUUCCCAACAUUCCCAUAUUGUGGGCUCCAGAAAGGGGCCACAAAAGAAGUAAUAGAACGGGAAGCUCCAGGGAUGGCCCUGGCAAUGCUGAUGGGAUCACUUAAUGUUACACCUCUGGGCAUGCUCUCUAGGCCUGUAUGUGGAAUCAGAGGGAAAACUCUCAUAAUUAACCUGCCAGGUAGCAAGAAAGGAUCUCAGAUUCCAGACUCCAUAAUUUCUCGUGGUGUUCAGGUGCUCCCACGAGACACAGCUUCCCUCAGCACUACUCCUUCCGAAUCGCCUCGUGCUCAGGCUACAUCUCGCCUCUCUACAGCUUCCUGCCCAACACCAAAACAAAUUAGACGGCCGGAUGAAAGCAAAGGAGUUGCUAGUAGAGUUGGAUCCCUCAAAGCUCGGCUUCCCUCGUGCUCAUCUACCUAUAGUGUAUCUGAGGUCCAGUCCAGGUGCAGCAGUAAGGAGAACAUUCUUAGAGCCAGUCACAGUGCUGUUGAUAUUACCAAGGUGGCUAGGAGGCACCGCAUGUCUCCGUUUCCUUUGACUUCUAUGGACAAAGCCUUCAUCACAGUCCUGGAGAUGACUCCGGUGCUUGGGACAGAAAUCAUCAACUAUAGAGAUGGAAUGGGCCGAGUCCUUGCUCAAGAUGUAUAUGCAAAAGAUAAUUUACCCCCCUUCCCAGCAUCAGUAAAAGAUGGCUAUGCUGUCCGAGCUGCUGAUGGCCCAGGAGACCGUUUCAUCAUUGGGGAAUCCCAAGCUGGUGAACAGCCAACUCAAACAGUAAUGCCAGGACAAGUCAUGCGGGUUACAACAGGUGCUCCAAUCCCCUGCGGUGCUGAUGCAGUUGUACAAGUGGAAGACACCGAACUUAUCAGGGAAUCUGAUGAUGGCACUGAAGAACUUGAAGUACGAAUUCUGGUGCAAGCUCGGCCAGGCCAAGAUAUCAGACCCAUCGGCCAUGACAUUAAAAGAGGGGAAUGUGUAUUGGCCAAAGGAACCCACAUGGGGCCCUCAGAGAUUGGUCUUCUGGCAACUGUAGGUGUCACAGAGGUUGAAGUUAAUAAGUUUCCAGUGGUUGCAGUCAUGUCAACAGGGAAUGAGCUGCUAAAUCCAGAAGAUGACCUCUUACCAGGAAAGAUUCGAGAUAGUAAUCGGUCAACCCUUCUAGCAACAAUUCAGGAACAUGGUUACCCUACAAUCAACUUGGGAAUUGUGGGAGACAACCCAGAUGACUUGCUCAAUGCCUUGAAUGAGGGUAUCAGUCGUGCUGACGUCAUCAUCACAUCAGGGGGUGUAUCCAUGGGGGAAAAGGACUAUCUCAAGCAGGUGCUGGACAUUGACCUCCAUGCUCAGAUCCAUUUUGGCAGGGUUUUUAUGAAGCCAGGUCUGCCAACAACAUUUGCAACUUUGGAUAUUGACGGUGUAAGAAAAAUAAUCUUUGCACUACCAGGGAAUCCUGUGUCAGCCGUGGUCACCUGCAAUCUCUUUGUUGUUCCUGCACUGAGAAAGAUGCAGGGCAUCUUGGAUCCUCGACCAACCAUCAUCAAAGCCAGGUUAUCAUGUGAUGUGAAACUGGAUCCUCGCCCAGAGUACCAUCGGUGUAUACUGACUUGGCAUCACCAAGAACCACUGCCUUGGGCACAGAGUACAGGUAAUCAAAUGAGCAGCCGUUUGAUGAGUAUGCGCAGUGCCAACGGGUUGUUGAUGCUACCUCCAAAGACAGAGCAGUACGUGGAGCUACACAAGGGCGAGGUGGUGGACGUCAUGGUCAUCGGGCGGCUAUGA